UCGGGAUGAAAUUACUCACCCCAAAGCACCGCACCAACUGACUUGUCAGUCUUUGUGUCUAUUCCCUCAUGUGGACUCCCUCACUCUCUUCUACUUCUCCUUGAAAAAGAAAUAAGAGAGAGAGAGAGAGAGCACAAAUUAUAUACAUCUUUUCACUUGCGGGGUAAAGUUUUAGGUGGGGAGUUUCUAAUUCAAGAUGCCAAGGCCAGGGCCAAGACCAUAUGAGUGCGUGAGGAGAGCAUGGCACAGCGAAAGACAUCAACCCAUGAGAGGCUCUAUCAUUCAGCAGAUUUUCAGGGUCGUACAUGAGACUCAUAACCCCCAAACUAAGAAGAACAGGGAGUGGCAAGAAAAACUACCUGUUGUAGUCUUAAAAGCCGAAGAAAUCAUGUACUCCAAAGCCAAUUCUGAGGCUGAGUACACUAAUCUUGAUACAUUAUGGGACCGUGUAAAUGAUUCCAUUAACACGAUUAUAAGAAGAGACGAGGGCACUGAAACUGGCGAGCUUUUACCGCCUUGUGUUGAAGCUGCCCUUAAUUUGGGCUGCAUUCCGGUGAGAGCUUCAAGAAGCCAACGACACAGUAACCCUAGGACUUAUCUGAACUUGAGACCACAAGAAUCUCCAUCCAUGCCUCCUAGAAUUGUGGAUAAAUCUGUUGAUGAACAAUGCCCUAAGCCUUCAUCACUUCAUUCUGGAAGUUCAUUAAACUUUGCAAGAUCUUCUGUGAAUGUGAAUCCCACUUUUCCAGUUUCACAAUUGAACUGUCCUGUUGUUGGAAAUAAUAACCCAGUGGCUCUCCAUAGUUUCCCUUCUUUUACUGUCCCUCCUGGACGUAACAAGACGAUGACAAUGGAGUCUAACAUCCCAAUGAAGUUGGGUUCGGUUUAUCCAUUGUACUAUGGAACUCACUUUGGAAUUGAAGAUUCCAAGUUAGGCUCCCAAGUUCCCGAAAAUAUAAAAGCUACUCCUAUUUUUGUUGGCAAACCUGUUGGUAUGUCUAUUCCAGAGCCUUCGGAAAUGGGUGUCUUACAGAAUCUUUUCUCCUGUCCAGGCUCUGAUAUUGCUUCUAAGAGAAUCACACAACCAGAUUUUAGGGAUGCCCACAAGAGGCCACUUGCUACAGAAUGUGAUUUAUCCUUGCGAUUGGGCCACAUUGCAGACCCCUGUAUGAGCAUGGAUAGAAGUUGUGUGUGUGAAACAGAAGAUGCUGGUUCAAGUAGUUCCCAGGAAGAGAAUAGGUUUAGGAAUCUUUCUUCGCAAAGAAACAAAGAGUUCAGUUUCUUUCCAGGGAAGACUGCUGAUGAUCCCUUCGAGUCCAGUUCAACUAAGUGGUUUCCUAAGGAUGAAUUUCGUAAUUUUGAGGCUACUACUAGAAAGUCUAAGGCACUAAUCAAUGACAAUUUGGAUAAUGUACAUUUUUGCUUGCAACCAGGUCUUCCAUCCAAGUCAUCAGUCGAAUAGGAGGACCAGGUUUGUAGACACUUUUUUCAAGUUGUAGCAUAUAUACUUCAAGUUUGAGAUGCGUCAAAUCUAAUGGAGAAUCAUUCUGCAACUUCUACUUUCUAUAUAUCUAUAAACAUAAAAAAAAAUUUCAUGUGGACUGUGAAUAACAAUAUGGUAUGCCAGUAAAACUUUCAGCCUUGAUUACAGAUUACAACAGAGUUGAGACAAGAAGCCACUAAUGAUCUCUUACAUUUAAUUGAAUGAUAUCUAGCUUUCCAGUUGAAAAAAGACUCAGAUUGGCAACGGAGAAAAAGUUUUCCUGCUUAGGUGAUCCAUUUUGAACUAUAAAUUCAUUGCUUUGAAUAGAUAUCUGAACUUUCAAGAAUGGUACUGAACUGCACCAAAAAGUAGUCUACAAUAGAUGUCGCACCAAGUUGGAGGGCUCUCUACAUGAAUGAGUAGAGUUAACAGGAACAAAUUUAUCAUGCUUUGUUGAAUUAGAUACCUAUAUAAAUCUUCUUUUGUUUGUAACUGUAGCUUAUAACAAUUACUUUUUGUAUUUGAGAUGAAAGAAUUGAUGUGUAAUUGGUUGCGGCUCAAUUUCUUAA